CAGCUGGGCGCCGCUACUUCCCUGGGUGUCCCUAAGCCCCCGCCGGCCCUCUCUGAGCCACAGCCCCGGCUGACCCCUGCGGGUUGCACUGGGGGGAUUCUGCGGCCACGGAAGUGAAAGUGAAAAGCCCGGGCAGUGGCGGGAAGAAGGUUUUUCCUCUGCAGUGGGAGUCCCUGAGGCGUUUGUUGGGAAAGGGCCCGGGCGCUCUGGGCAGCCUACUGGGGAAGAGAGUGAGGAAACAGCGAGAAGUUUCCUUCCCCUCUCCCCGCCCCCAACCCGGAGCUGCUCCCCCGAGGGGCAAGGCACGGGAUUGUGGGUCAAAGGUCAGGUGAAAAAUCCAAGGGGUGGAGAUGGGGGUGGGCCGCUUGUUCCCCGCCUCUGCCAUCCACCACUUUCUGUUGCGCUCUCCCGUGGCCUCAGACGUUGGUCAGGUUGUCUAACCUUAAUCCCCCCUCUCGUAGCCAGACCGGAGGCCCGGGGGCGAUGCAGUGAGCACGCCGGCCCCUCAGAGGCCCAGGCUGCGAAGGAGAGCUCGAGGGUGGACCUCCACGCCAGACUCGUGUGCCCUGCGCUCUGGAACUGCCCGUCCUGGCCAGAGGGCGCACCCUCCCGACCCCUUUCAUCCCAGCGGAGGGUUCUCCCCAGGCCCUAGAUCCCGGAGUGGGGAGGAAGGAGAGGGUGGUUGUGGCGGUGGCACUGGAGACUCGGUGGGAGGCGAGGGCCUGGGCUCCCAGCCUGGUGCGUCCCGGGUCCUGGGAGCGUAGAGCCCCCUUCCCUCCGCCAAGGGGUGUAUGUGUGUGUGACCGGGAGGGGGGCAUUGCUGGCGGCGGUGGGAAGAGGGCAGGGGCGGAGAUGGCUGGUCUCCUCCCCCCAAAGUGGGGCUCUGGCUCGCGCUCCUCUCACCGAGAUGCCGGCGGGAGGGCCGGAGAGUUGGCCCGGGGUGUGCCAGGCUGUCGGUACGCGGCAGUCAGGGCCUGCAUGUGCGAGUAUGCGCAGCCGAGACCUGGCCAAGGCUGAGUGAGGAAUCCAGCCUUGUCCCGUCAUCCCGCCCCCUUGGUUUGGAAGUCUGGGGAAGAGUUUGGUCUGGAGGAGGAGGAGGAGAUUGAUGCGCUCGGUGUGCAGCCAGUGGUGAAGAGAUGGCCGCUCCUGUCCCUUGGGCCUGUUGUGCUGUGCUUGCUGCCGCCGCUGCUGUUGUGUACACCCAGAGACACAGUCCGCAGGAGGCACCCCAUGUGCAGUACGAGCGUCUGGGCUCAGAUGUGACCCUGCCGUGUGGGACAGCAAACUGGGACGCAGCUGUGACGUGGCGGGUGAAUGGGACUGACCUGGCCCCUGACCUGCUCAACGGCUCUCAGCUCGUGCUCCGUGGCCUGGAACUGGGCCACAGCGGCCUCUACGCCUGCUUUCACCGUGACUCCUGGCACCUGCGCCACCAAGUCCUCCUACAUGUGGGCUUGCCGCCGCGGGAGCCCGUGCUCAGCUGCCGCUCCAACACUUACCCCAAGGGCUUCUACUGCAGCUGGCACCUGCCCACCCCCACCUACAUCCCCAACACCUUCAAUGUGACUGUGCUGCAUGGCUCCAAAAUUAUGGUCUGUGAGAAGGACCCAGCCCUCAAGAACCGCUGCCACAUCCGCUACAUGCACCUGUUCUCCACCAUCAAGUACAAGGUCUCGAUAAGUGUCAGCAAUGCCCUGGGCCACAACGCCACAGCCAUCACCUUCGACGAGUUCACCAUUGUGAAGCCUGACCCUCCAGAAAACGUGGUAGCCCGGCCAGUGCCCAGCAACCCUCGCCGGCUAGAGGUGACGUGGCAGACCCCCUCGACCUGGCCCGACCCUGAGUCCUUUCCUCUCAAGUUCUUCCUGCGCUACCGACCCCUCAUCCUGGACCAGUGGCAGCAUGUGGAACUGUCCGAUGGCACAGCACACACCAUCACAGAUGCCUACGCUGGGAAGGAGUACAUCAUCCAGGUGGCGGCCAAGGACAAUGAGAUCGGGACGUGGAGUGACUGGAGCGUGGCCGCCCAUGCCACACCCUGGACUGAGGAGCCACGACACCUCACCACUGAGGCCCAGGCCCCGGAGACCACGACCAGCACCACCAGCUCACUGGCGCCCCCGCCCACCACGAAGAUCUGUGACCCCGGGGAGCUGGGCAGCGGGGGAGGGCCCUCGGCACCCUUCUUGAUCAGUGUCCCUGUCACUGUGGCCCUAGCUGCUGCUGCCACCACUGCCAACAGUCUCCUGAUCUGAGCCCGGCAGCCCGUGAGGACAUGCCAGCGCACCUGCAGAGGAGCAGGAGGCCGGAGCUGAGCCCGCAGACCCCGGGUUCUAUUUUGCACACGGGCAGGAGGACCUUCUGCAUUCUCCUCAGACACAAUUUGUAGAGACCCCGGCGGGCCCGGGCCUGCCGCACCCUAGCCCCACCACACCACACCGGCCCUCCUCCCUCCCUCAUGGGAGGAGGGCCAUGCAGCUAACCCACCCACCAAAGACACCCCACCCCCGCCCUGCCCCCUCGGGCUGGACCCUCCAAUGCCAGCGACUCCCAGGAGCCCUUGGGGGGCCUGAGGGGAGCCCCUCACCUCCACAGUUUCUCCUCCUGCCCCAGCCUCCUGUCUGUCCCAGGGUCUCUGUUGCCACCAUCAGAUUAUAAGCUCCUGACGCUGGGGGGGCCCAGCCAUCACCCUCCCUCCAGCGCUCACACUUUUCAGUCCCCCCCACCCCUCUUUUGUACAACCCCCCUUCCCUGCUCCUACCCCACAGUAUUUAAUGCCCUGUCAGUCCCUUCUAGUCUGACUCCAUGGUAACUUGCUGUAUUUGAAUUUUUUAUAGAUGUAUAUACAGGGAAGGGGGGUGGGGGGUUCUCAUUAAACGCCACCAUUUCAUGA